AGCAAAUGCGUUACGUGUCAUGUCCACAGCCAUGCGCAAUUGGCAAAUUGCUUGACAAUUCGGGUUUCGCUUUGUAGGACUGGGAGAGCUGGUGGCGAAUACAAGUCCAAUUGAAUAUUCUUCCCAUUUCCAUAAACGACAAUUACGUCCGAUCGUUUCGAGAAAUCAAAGCAUUUCUUCAUUUAGCUAAACACCUGUAGAAGUGGUUGUUCUUGGCUCCACUUUGUACCUAGGAUGGGAUGGGGAAGCAUCUACAGAAGGCGUGUGAGAGUAUUUGCAGUGGCUGUUAUGAUCUAUCUGGAUUAUAAGGCUGUACAGCAAAGAGAUAAAUGGACCAUAAAAUCCAAAAAAGCUGCACUGUGGGAAAAGGCUCAUGAGCGCAAUGCUAAGCGUGUUCUCAACUUGAUGAUAGAAUUGGAAGGAUUGUGGGUGAAACUCGGACAAUACUUAUCCACACGUGCUGAUGUGCUUCCUCCUUCAUAUAUAUCACUUCUUAAGCAGUUACAAGACUCUCUUCCUCCUCGUCCUGUGCAAGAGGUUUGUCAGACUAUAGAGAAAGAACUGGGGAAAUCCAUGGAUGAUCUUUUCUCAGAUUUUAUUAGGACUCCUUUGGCAACAGCAUCAAUUGCACAAGUCCAUCGUGCUACGCUUGUCAAUGGACAGGAGGUGGUGGUUAAAGUUCAACAUGAGGGCAUUAAGACAAUUAUAUUGGAGGACUUAAAGAAUGCCAAGUCAAUUGUUGACUGGGUAGCAUGGGCAGAACCACAGUAUGACUUUAAUCCCAUGAUAGAUGAAUGGUGCAAAGAAUCUCCAAAAGAACUUGACUUUAAUAUUGAAGCUGAGAAUACUAGAAUUGUAGCUGCUAAUCUUGGCUGCAGAAAAAACAAUGAGAAUGACAAUAGCAAGCUUGCAAAUUCAGUGGAUGUUCUGAUUCCAGAGGUUAUUCAGUCAAGUGAAAAGGUUCUAAUUUUAGUGUACAUGGAUGGGAUUCGGUUGAAUGACUGUGAAUCUCUUGAAGCUCAUGGUGUUGACAAGCAAGCCGUUGUUGAAGAAAUAACACGGGCAUAUGCCCAUCAAAUAUAUAUUGAUGGAUUUUUUAAUGGCGACCCACAUCCUGGAAAUUUCCUGGUUAGCAAGGAACCUCCACAUCGACCAGUUCUGCUUGACUUCGGGCUUACAAAAAAAAUAUCGAGUUCUAUGAAACAAGCAUUAGCCAAAAUGUUUCUUGCAUCUGUUGAGGGGGACCAUGUAGCCCUUUUGUCUGCAUUUGCAGAAAUGGGGCUGAAGCUGCGCCUGGACAUUCCAGACCAGGCAAUGGAAGUAACAAAUAUAUUUUUUCGUACUUCCACUCCAGCAAAUGAAGCUAUUGAACACAUGAAAUCCUUGGCUGAGCAAAGAUCAAAAAACAUGAAGAUGAUACAGGAAAAGAUGAAGCUCAAACAAAAAGAAGCUAAACGCUUUAAUCCAGUUGAUGCAUUUCCUGGUGAUAUUGUAAUAUUUUCACGGGUCCUCAAUCUUUUGAGAGGGCUUUCGUCCACAAUGAAUGUUCGUAUAGUUUAUCACGAUAUCAUGAGACCAUUUGCAGAAUCUGCUUUGCUAGGAAACAUCAACAAUGGGCCAGCAGUUAACACUCAAUGGAUCUAUGAUUCACCAUCUCAUUCUGAUGUAGAGACAAAGUUGAGGCAGCUCUUAGUUGAUCUGGGAAAUGAAGAAAAAAUACUUGGAAUACAGGUAUGUGCCUACAAAGAUGGAGAGGUUAUUAUUGAUACUGCUGCAGGAGUUCUUGGUAGAUAUGACCCUCGCCCAGUUCAGCCUGAUAGCCUUUUUCCAGUUUUUUCUGUAACAAAGGGAAUCACUGCGGGAAUGUUACAUUGGCUCGCUGACAAUGGCAUUAUGUGUUGCAGAAAAGUCAAGCUGGACGAGAAUGUGGCUAAUUUGUGGCCAGAAUUUGGAGCAGAUGGAAAAGAUCAGAUAAAGGUCUGUCACAUUCUAAACCAUACAUCUGGUUUGCAUAAUGCGAUGGCUAAUCUUAGAGGAGAAAAUCUCUCUCUAUUCACUGACUGGGAAGAAUGUAUGAAUCAAAUUUGUAUGUCAGUACCUGAGACAGCACCUGGCCAGGAGCAGUUGUAUCACUAUCUAUCUUUUGGUUGGCUAUGUGGUGGAAUAAUAGAGCAUGCCUCUGGCAAGAAAUUUCAGGAGAUUCUUGAAGAAGCAAUCGUUCAGCCCCUCAAAAUUGAUGGCGAGCUAUAUAUUGGAAUUCCUCCAGGUGUGGAAUCUCGAGUUGCAAAUUUGACAAUAGAUAUGAAUGACCUCAGCAAUCUUUUAGAGAUGAAUAGUCGUCCUGAACUACCAUCCACCUUCCAGCCAAGCAACAUUGCUCAAAUAGUGACUGUUUUGCCUGCUUUAUUCAACAUGCUGAAUACUCGCCGUGCAAUAAUACCUUCUGCCAAUGGACAUUGCUCAGCACGUGCUCUUGCACGGUAUUACGCAGCCCUUGUUGAUGGAGGCAUGAUCCCGCCAUCACAUUCCUCACUCUCCAAGCCUCCACUUGGUAGCCACCCACACAUUCCCAAGUUUCCUUCAGAGAAGGCCUCUAAAAAGCAAAAAGGUAAAAGUAAUGAGAUGGCUGCUUUGUCAAAGAACAAACCUAACUCAAGGAAGUGUAGUAAAGAUUUCAAGGAUAGUGAAAAUAGUGGAAAGAGUAGCAAUAGCAGUAGAAAUACUAGUGAUGCCAGUGCAGUUGACAGCUUUGCAAGCAGUGAUGUUGCUCAAAAUAGUAAUUAUGUGGAGAGGAUUUUUAACAAUCCUAAAAUUCAUGAUGCAUUCUUGGGCGUGGGAGAGUAUGAGAAUUUUGCCAAACCAAAAGGAAAAUUUGGACUAGGAUUUAGGAGGGCUAGUUUAAGUGAUGGAUCGUUUAGCGGGUUUGGGCACUCAGGCAUGGGCGGAUCCACAGGUUUUUGUGAUAUCAAGAACAGGUUUGCCAUUGCGGUGACGCUGAACAAAAUGUCAUUCGGGGGUGUGACAAGAAAAAUCGUUCAGCUUGUUUGUUCAGAGCUAAAUGUCCCAUUGCCUGAUGAUUUCUCAGAUGCUGGUGAUAGAGGAGCCGAUGUACAAUUAAAUAUAGGGAGACCGAUGAUUAACUGAACUUAAAAGGUGUACAGGCCAAUGGCUCCGCAGCACAAGCUAGCUCAAAGGAGUACUACUCUAUAGCUCAUUGGCAUUGGCAUUGGCAUCGGCGAUGCUCUAAAGAACUAGAGUGUCUUAUAGGCUUUUAGGGACCGGAUACCAAUCAGGAUAUCAACAAUGGCAUUGUCAGCACUCCCAGGAUGAGCAUCCACCCUUUUUCCAAGGAAUUUCAACAAAUCUAUACACAAAAAGUAGAGAAAGCAGGAAAGAAAUAAGAUCCCAAAGCAGCAAAGUCCCACAUAUAGUUCAAUAUUGGCUGCCUGCCUAGUCAAAAAACAAAUCACUUCAUAUACACUAAGAGAUGUUAGUGUAUGCUCUAUUUCCUUACCCAUAACCAUAGAUCAUAAGCCUGAGUUGCCUAAUGGUUAUAUUGAAUUGAAUACUAUUAAAUUAUUAGCUAAAGAGUAUUGAUAAUUAAAAUGAUUUUAUUUAA